AUGUCUUCGACCACAAAAGCUGCCAGAAUAGGGGAAGAAAUAUGGAAGACAAAGAUCGAUAAAGUCAAUGCCGAAUUAGUCACGCUUACGUACGGAACAAUAGUCGCACAACUCUGUCAAGACUACGAUGGAGAUUAUCUCGAAGUCAAUAAACAACUGGAUAAGAUGGGCUAUAAUAUCGGCAUGCGAUUGAUUGAAGACUUUCUUGCCAAAUCAAACACCGGACGAUGCGCCAACUUCAAAGAGACGGCUGAUAUCAUCUCGAAAGUCGGAUUCAAGAUCUUCCUCAACAUAACACCAACCGUCACCAAUUGGACAAGCGAUAAUAAGCAAUUCUCAUUGGUUUUAGACGAAAAUCCACUAGCGGAUUUUGUAGAAUUACCGGAUGAUGAUCGUGCGCAAGAUCAAUUGUGGUUUUCGAAUAUUCUAUGUGGUGUAUUGCGAGGCGCAUUGGAGAUGGUUCAAAUGCAAGCAGAAGCGCACUUCGUCAGUGACGUCCUUCGAGGCAGCGAUACAACUGAGAUCCGAGUGACGUUGGUUCGAUAUAUCGAGGAUGAGAUGCCGCCGGACGACGAAUAA